AUGGUGCGUCUAAGACAGAUACCACGCAGCGCGGCCUUCGCCUGGUCCCCGGGCCACUCUUCUCCCUUCCUAGCGACCGGAACCCAUGUCAGAGCCGUCGACGUCGAUUUCUCCAAUGAAACCUUUCUAGAAUUGUGGGAUCUCAAGCUCGAUAGUGAGAAUGUGGGAGCGGAGCUGCAGCCUGUAGCCAAGAUUAGCACAGAGUCUAGGUUUCAUGACCUUGGGUGGACGGCGACAGAUGAUACUACUAGAGGGCUCAUUGCGGGAGCAUUGGAGAACGGAGCCCUCAACCUAUGGGACGCUGCAAAGCUGCUGGAUGGCUCUAGCAGUGAACCGGCCAUGAAAGUGGCUGCUCAUAGCGGGGCAGUCAAGACGCUUCAGUUUCACCCGCGGCAUUCCAACCUCCUGGCCAGUGGUGGAAGCGUAGGGGAGUUGUUCAUUACCGAUCUCAAUAAUAUCGAGAGCCCUACUCGGCUAGGCAAAGUUGCAGCCAGCCAAGUCGAGAUAGAUUGCCUCGACUGGAACAAGAAAGUCCCCCAUAUCCUGGCCACGGGAAACAGUGACGGGUUCGUAACGGUAUGGGAUGCUAAGGCCGGAAAGGAGAGCUUGACCCUUAAGAACCUGGGGCGUAAACCCGUAAGUGCUAUUGCUUGGGAUCCAGAGAAGCCCACCCGACUUGUUACCUCCAUACCCCUCGAGACCGAUCCAGUAAUUCUUGUCUGGGACCUACGCAAUGCCAAUGCUCCCGAACGAGUACUUAAAGGCCACGAAUCCGGCGUCCUCUCGCUGUCCUGGUGUCCCCAGGACCCAAGACUCCUCCUUUCCAGUGGUGAGGAUAACCGAAAUAUUUGCUGGAAUCCACAGACCGGCGAGGCAUACGGAGAAUUCCCAAUCGUUACAAACGCCACUUUCCAGACUCGAUUUAACCCAACCAACCCCAACAUCCUUGCUACUGCCUCUUUGGAUGGAAAUAUCUCCGUGCAGACCCUUCAGAACACCAACCCGGAAACGGCGCAAAAGGGAGACGAUGCGCAACCCCUUAAUGACGAAGACUUCUUUGCCAAGGCCCAGACUCAACCACAGGGACCUACUUUCUCCCUACCAAAGGCUCCUAAAUGGUUCGAGCGUCCUACCACCGCCAACUUUGGCUUUGGUGGAAGAGUCAUUUCGGUGGUGACUGCACCAGGGACACGAACCUCGACCGUCCGUAUCAGCAAGUUUGAGGUAGAUGCCAGCAUCGGCGCUGCUACUGAUGCUUUCGAGUCCGCAUUAAGCUCUGGAGAUGUCCGUAGCAUUUGCGAGUCUCGAGCUGCCGAGGCCAAGACUGACGAGGAGAAGUCUGACUGGAAGGUUAUGACUACGUUACUGUCGGAGAGUCCUCGAAAGGAACUCAUCACUCACCUUGGAUUCUCGGGAGAUGCCGAUGAGGCUGCAGACAGCUUAGCCAAGCUUGGGCUGACAAAGGAGGACGCAGAAGAAACAACGACGGAAGAACCAAAAGCAGAAGAGAAACCGAAGUCGUCUCUUGUACCCCCUCCAGGAGCCAGGAAACAUAAGAGGCUUACUUCUAUCUUUGACACUGGUGCUGAUAGCGAGAGUGACAGCUUCUUGAACGAUCUCUCUGCCUCCAAGGAUGCCAAGACCAACAGUCCCUUCAAACUGUUCACAGGAGAGGAGACUGAAGCGGAUAAGGCAAUCACCAAAGCUCUUAUACAAGGCAAGUUUGAAAUGGCCCUUGAAACCUGUCUAAAGGAGGACCGGGUGGCCGACGCUCUUAUGAUUGCUUUGUCUGGAGGUCAGGCGUGCAUUGAAAAAGCCCAGGAGGCAUACUUCCUCAAGAAAUGCGAGGGACCAAGCUAUGUCCGCCUACUAGCAUCUAUCGCUGGCAAGGAUAUUUGGGAUGUUGUUCACAAUGCCGACCUUGAAAACUGGAAGGAGAUUGUUGCUGUCAUUUGCACCUUUGCUGAUGACAAGGAGUAUCCCGAUCUUUGUGAAGCCCUUGGCGAUAGACUAGAGGAGUACUCGCGAACUCAUGACAGCAAGGAGACUCGCAAGGACGCUUCUUUCUGCUACUUGGCCAGUUCCAAGUUGGAGAAGGUUGUGUCCAUCUGGAUCCAGGAACUCAAGGAGAACGAGAACAAGAUGGUUGAAGAUGCCUCUGGCGAGACUGGAUUUUCCAUCCACGUACAAGUUCUCAGGGACUUUAUUGAGAAGGUCACAGUCUUCCGCCAGGUAUCUAGGUUCGUUGACGCUGAAAAAGAGAAGCCAUCGGACUGGAAACUCAGCUCUCUCUACGACAAGUACAUCGAGUAUGCCGAGAUCGUUGCUACUCAUGGCAGAUUGGAUGUAGCAGAGAAAUACCUCAGCUUGCUGCCAGACAGCCAUCCUGCAGGAGGCACCGCAAAGAACCGCAUCCAACUGGCCACAAAGAAAGCUACCGUCACCACCACCACCAAGGCCGCCACCAAAGCACCCACGGCGCAUAUUCCAGCUGCCAGACAAGCUUCAGCAGCUGUGCCUCAGCCGGCUCUUGGAGGGUAUGCUCCUCCCCAGCCUCAAGUACCCCAGCAGCCGCCAAUGGUAAACCGUGGACCAACCCCAAACAACCCGUAUGCGCCAUCGGCUUUCAGCCAACCCGCCAAUCCUUACGCUCCAAGUGCCCAGGCAUCGAACUACGCACCCGCUGCCGGUUACCAACCGUCGCAGCAGCCUGGUAUCGCCCCUCCUCUAUUCCCUGGUCAGCAAGCCCAUGGAGUUCCGCCCCCUCCUAGAGGCUUAACCCAAUCACCCUCUACAGUGAAGCCGCACACGGAACGAACCAAUGUCCCUGCUUGGAACGAUCUUCCCGAAGGGUUUGCAAGGACCCCCACCCCUCGACGCGGAACUCCAAGUCAGGGACCUGCGGUUAUCAGUUCACCGUUCCCCAAUCAGCAGCAGCAGCAGCAGACCCGGAGCCCUCCUCCACCCCCUGGCCCCCCAGGUCCCGGACAGCGAGCCUCGAUGCCCGUUCCACCACCACCAAAGGGCCCCUUCCAAGCAGCAUCACAUGCAACUCCUCCAGGCUCUGCAGGAGGCUCUCAAUUCGUGCCACCAGAACGCCCAUCAUCUACUGCAAACCUGUAUGCUCCCCCUCCAACACAACAUCCACCAACAGGAGUGGCCGGUGGCCCUCCACCCAUCGCCCGCAGUGCAUCCCCAUAUUCCCCUCCACCAGCCGGCGCACCACCAUCAAACCGAUAUGCUCCAAAUCUGUCGUCCCAGCCUUCUCACCCAGCUGGAUCAACUGUACCCUCCGGGCCUCCCGGGCCACCCCAACAGGCGCCAGGCCCAAGCCCAUACGGAGCUCAGCGGUUCCAGUCCGCACCACCACCACAGGGAGGACCUCCCCAGGGACCAUAUGCACCACAAGGGGGCCAGUUCACUCAGCCUCCUCCACCACCACAUACCGGUGCUCCUCCACGACCAGACUCCCGACCAAGUACUGGCCAGUCGCAGAAGAAAGCUCCUGCAGCCCCUCCCAAACACCCUGCCGGUGAUCGUUCUCACAUCCCAGACAACGCCAGGCCAAUCUUCGACAUUCUCUCCGCUGAUAUGCAGCGCGUAAAAUCUCGUGCUCCAUCUAGCUUCAAGGCGCAAGUCAACGACACUGAACGAAGACUAAACAUCCUGUUCGAUCACCUGAACAACGAAGACCUGCUGAAGCCAGGCACAAUCGACAGCAUGAUUGAACUAGCCCGAGCCAUCCAGAGCAGAGAAUAUGAAGCCGCGCAAGCAAUUCACUUGGAUAUCCUGACCAACCGCACCGACGAAUGCGGAAACUGGAUGGUCGGUGUGAAACGAUUGAUUGGCAUGAGCAAAGCGACGCCAUGA